AUGGCUCAUUGUGUCAUGAUAUUCUUCGUCAUCUCGGUUAUCUUCCUUUAUACAACAUGCUGCGCAAUCCAAUGCUAUCAAUGCGACAGUUUCAAAGACAACAACUGUACCGAAAAGGAAGUGGACCUCAGAUACCUUCAACAUUGUCCCAAUACCCAUAAUUACUGUCGAAAAAUAAUUUCCGCAUUUUAUUUCAAGGACCCACGCGAGUCUUUCGUAGUUCGAGAAUGUGCUGCCCACGGACCUAAAGAGGAGGCGUGCUACAAGGGGAAAUACAGCAAAGACAGCUAUCAAUAUAUCUGCGAAUGUAAAAACGCUGAGGGCUGUAACUCCUCUUCUCUGUCUUAUAAUCAAAAUUGGAUCAUUUUAAUCUGCAUAAUAUGUAUGUUUUUUCAUUUGAAAAAUUGA